CUCCAAAAAAAAAAUCGAAAGAAAACAAAAUAGAACAUGUCACAACAAAAGCCUUGGACUGCGCGGCUUGCAGAUUUUGCGCACAAGACGACUCUGAUGGGGCUUUUUGGGUUGACGCUCUAUGGAACCGUCUUGACAGGCCAACUCUACUGGAACAUGCGCUCACGCCGAAUCGCGGCCGAGGAGGCAAUGAAGACGGCAGAACUGAUCGAUUCGGCGAAUAGCGUGCCGGAUUCGAACGCGAAUGUGGGAAGUGGUGUACCGGUGACGGAUACUGCGCAUGCGACGGAGAGGGCAUGA